UUCCGACUACGGGAUAAAUGGACAAGUGGAGUCAGCCAUACGGAUGGUAUUACCUACAAAUAACAUUACAUUUCCAAUCAAUUGUUUCAAUGAGUAUUCUACUGUGAUGAUUAGACGGAACAACAAAAUCAAUUUUACGAGAUCUUGGCGAGAGUACCGCGAGGGGUUCGGUAAUUUAAGUGAAACCCAUUGGCUGGGACUUGAACAGAUCCACCUGUUGACGUCACAGAAUCGCAGCUACCGACUUGUAGUACAGGUAGAGCAGCCAAAUGGCACACUCCUGCAGGCCGCUUACAAUAACUUCAAAGUGAAGGACGAGAAGUCUCUGUAUCAGUUUACCUUUGACAGUAUCAAACUUUCACCAAGCCCUGCCGGCGACUGUCUGUCUGAUCUGCGCGGCGCCAACUUCAGCACCUACGACAGCGACAACGACGGCGACAGCAGCGUCAACUGCGCAAGUCGUCACAGCGGCGGCUGGUGGUUCCGUGGCAACACGUGCAGCACGUGCAACCCCACGGGUCAGCUGCUGCAGCCCGCCAACGGCCUGAGGACGGGAGUGGACAGCGAGGUCUUCUGGAUCAAAGACCUUGGAAAUGUCGCGCCCUACAGGAUCUCGAUGAGACUAAGGCCACUAUAAUAAUAUUGGAGGCAGUUUUUUCUUGACUGACUCUGAUAAAUACAUGCGUUGUCUUUAUUGCCAUGUCCUUUGCAUGGAGAAUUCAACUGAAAGGGAUAACCUCGUAAAACUAUUUACAUUAUUAGCUUACAGAUGUACGUGAAGACAUAUACACAGAUGUAUACAUUACUCCAUCUAAGUAGUCACAUCCAAUUGGUCAUAGAAUGUAUCAAAACAGGAUAACAUAUCUGAACAUAAUAACUGUAACAUAAUAAUCACCGAUAAGUAUCUGAUAAAGCCAAUAUACUGUCUAUAAAUCUUAUCUAAACAUAUUUUGGCUUCAGUGUAUUUUUAUAUAUUGAUUUUCGUUGAUAUGUUUGCAAGCAUCCUAAAUUUAUUAACAUUUGUAUUAUACCGGAUGUUGUUUUAAUAUUGUAAUAGUCUGUUAAAUUCUAAAAAUGUGGAUUGUCUCAUGCUUAUCAAACAUUUAAAUUUCCUAGAGUUUAUGUCAUACUAUCUAGUUCAAUCAAUCCACCUAGAAUUUCAGAAUUUAUUACUAUUCAUUAAUGCGUCCCGUUAU